AUGUCAGAAAUUGUUUACAUUCUGAAUUGGAACAGUGGUUGGAAAAAGGCAAGAUUCUAUGGAGGAAAUUGCAGAAGGGACUUUUUUUACGCUAUAAUCACUCAUGGGCAAAAAAAUCUAUUCAGGUUCGUACAAACAAAUGCAAAUUAUUAUCAUCAUCAGAUCUUUUCUUGUGAAAUACUUUCACUCGCCGCAAUGGAUGCAGAAGCAAAAACUUCUUUUUUUGUUGUUUUUCGUAUUCAAAAAUCAAGACUCAAAUCUCAAAGUCACAUUUACCGACGACUUUUGAAUGGUCAUUUGUACAAGAAAAGGGAUGGAAUGGACUUGAUCUAUUCAUGA